UUUAGGAUGAGACUCCGCCCUUGAGCCUGAGGUGACCGAAUCGUUUCAAGAACCCAAAGCGGUUUUAAGUCCGGGUGGAGGGUCACAGGCGCUCGUAUACACGUGUUGCCACUCGGGAAACUCGACCUGAAAGGAUCAAAUACAUUAAUGAAAUUAUCUGUAACUUUAUGUUGAUUGAAUUGUACAGUCAGCAGGCUUAAGUUCGACUACUAAACUAACCUCCACCAGGGGAGGAAAUGAAUUGAACGGACCCGAGAAUCCCGCAAAAACUGAAAGCUGUAGAGCCUGUAUCAAGUAGUUUAUUAACUACUUAGAUUAAGAGUCUGACGCGUUCAAAUAUAUAUUUUAAAAACUAAACUUCUUCUUGUUAAAAACAUUAAGUUGUAGGCCUGUCUGUCGUUGACGUGCCACUUUCGGAAAGCGCUGAAUGUUUAGUGUUGACCCAAGAAACAGGGAGAAUUUCAGCCACUUUUUAAGUUUGAAGUGGUUUAACACGCAGUGGUCGAGUUCAAACUUUAUACUCCAUGAGUAUAUUGAAGAGACUAGUUUAAUAUGAGUGAGAAACAAGCGCUGGGAGACACAAAGCUAAACGAGGAACAAACUAAGGCGGAUUUGGAGAAGCAUGUCAAGCUGGAGGCGGAUGACGCGGCGCAAUGCGCCGAGGAUCAGAGUCAGCUGGACGGUCAUGAAACGCCGCAACCCACCCGUCUGUACAAACGGCGCUGGAUGAUUGUCCUGCUGUUCAGCUCAUAUUCACUAUGCAACUCCUUCCAAUGGAUACAGUACGGCAUCAUCAACAACAUCUUCAUGAAAUUCUACAACGUGGACACCUUCACCAUAGACUGGAUGUCUAUGAUCUACAUGUUGACAUACAUUCCCUUCAUCUUCCCGGUGACCUGGCUGCUGGACAAGAAGGGGCUCCGGGUCAUCGCGAUUGUGGCCACUGCGCUCAACUGUACAGGGACGUGGAUCAAAGUGGCAAGCGUCAGAACCGACCUGUUCGCCGUUACCUUUCUAGGGCAGUUCUGCUGCUCGUUAGCGCAGGUCUUCAUCCUCGGGAUGCCCUCGAGAAUCGCGUCAGUGUGGUUCGGUUCAAAUGAGGUGUCCACCGCCUGCUCCAUCGGAGUUUUCGGAAAUCAGCUGGGUAUUGCCAUCGGGUUCCUCGUGCCUCCCAUCCUGGUGCCUAAUGUGGAAGACUUGGACGAGCUGGCUCACCACAUCAGCGUUAUGUUCUACAUCACAGCAGGAGUGGCUACCUUACUCUUCAUCCUUGUUGUGUUUGUCUUCCAGGAACGUCCCAAACUUCCUCCGACUCAGGCCCAGGCCACAGCUCGUACCAUCCCGCCGGAGCAGUACUCCUACACCGCCUCCAUCCUCAGGCUGCUCCGCAACAAGCCCUUCAUCCUCCUCAUCAUCACUUAUGGUUUGAACGUGGGUUGUUUCUACGCUGUUGGUACCCUGCUGAACCGCAUGAUCAUCGACCAUUACCCUGGAGAAGAGGUGAAUGCUGGGAGGAUAGGCCUUACCAUUGUCAUUGCGGGUAUGGUUGGCUCCCUGAUCUGUGGCCUUUGGUUGGACAAAACCAAAACUUACAAGCAGACUACCCUCGCAGUCUAUUUCAUGUCUCUGGUCGGGAUGAUCGUCUAUGCUACUACGCUCAGUCUUGGAUACCUCUGGGUGGUAUUCAUCACUGCUGGAGCUCUCGGGUUUUUCAUGACAGGCUACUUGCCGCUGGGGUUUGAGUAUGCGGUUGAGCUGACGUACCCAGAGUCAGAGGGAACAUCCUCCGGACUCCUCAACUGUUCAGCACAGGUGUUUGGCAUUAUAUUCACCAUCUGCCAGGGGAAGAUCAUCGACAACUUUGGAACUCUGGCAGGAAACAUCUUCCUCUGUGUCUUUCUUCUAAUCGGCACAAUAGUAACAGGAUUAAUCAAAUCUGAUCUGCGGAGACAAAAAGCAAACAUGUUGGCCAAAGCAGCAGCGGAGAGGCAGAUGUCGGGACAAGACUACGGAGCCACGGCCUUAAUCUCCGAGCCACAGACUUCUCCUUCUCAAGCCUGAUCAAUAAACCCUUUCUGCUUCAAAAAAAAAAAAAAUCUCCUCAAAUCUUAGCUCAACACACUGAUGCACAAAGGGACCCUCCGACUGCCAGACCGGGAGCCUGUCUGCACCUGCUGUCGUCAACGAUGCCAGGUUUUAGACAUACACAUAGACUAAAAAAAAAAAAAAAAAAAAAAAACUUUGAAAAUGACCAUGAUUUACUUGCUGUUACAGUGAAACGUGCAGUACUUGGAGAGAACAACAGAAUCAGGACAUUUUUAAACUCACCUCCCUUCUGAGAAGAGUUAGAUGUACAAUGUUGUAUUAAUUAUUUAUAAAGAAAGUUAUUAUGCUGAUGAUAUUCUUACCGAGCCUAAAAAAUCAUUGUGCAGUCUCAGAGAUAUUUUUUUAUAUUUAAAUGUGAAUGAAAUGCUCGCACUAAAUCUGCAAAAAGACACAUCUGUGAAACUUUUGUUUGUGCCCCUCGACAAUUUUACCUGUUAGUAUUUGUAAAGUGCAUAGUUGAUUAUGUACAGUAUAUACAAAACAUUUUCCAGAAUGGAUUUAUACUGACUUUGUCAGCACAUAAACAUGUAAAUACAGUAUCCACAUUUUUAUGACUGAUUUUAGUAGAAAUUAAAUAAAUUAAUUCAUACAGGAUAUUAAAAUGGUUUCUAAUCCAUGGCAGUCGGCAGUAAGGGAAGAAAAGGACAAAUACUGAUGAUAUAAUUGUGUAAUUGUAUUUGUAACACUGUUCAUGUUUACUUAUUUAACAUGAAAUAAAACUAUUUUAUGAAGUUUA